GCAUCACAGGUUCGUCAGCUGUGUCGGAAUAAAAGAAAAAAAGAAAAGAAAGAGGACGCAACAAAAAAAAAAAAAGAAAAAAUAAAAAGAAAAGAAAAAAGAAAUCAGCGAAAACCGACCGGCGUGCGAAUUGCCUAGCAAAAAAAAAAAAUUUAGCAUGACAAGUUCUAACCUUCCAGACCCAGACAUUUUUACAUUUGAUACUUCCGGAGAAUGGGCAAAAAGUUUUCAAAGAGACUGCGCCGAACUUGGACGUCGACGCAGUAUGCAUUGCAAAAGUUUCUGGGUCUGGAUGAGUGCAGAUGUUUGUCAUGCUGCUCUUGCAUGACUCAGGAGGUCUGCCAUGCAAGCCCUAGCAUCACACAGCUUGAGUAGAAGGUGUCUCAAUGCCUACUCCGCAUGACAAAUCCCCCCUUAUGGUACCAAGUUCUGAGACGCAUUUGCUUUCUAUGCAUGACAGAUCUUUGCGUUAUCCGAAAUUUGCAUCACAAGUUCCAACUCUCCCAGACCCAGACAUAUUUGCAAUGCAUACGCAGCAAGAAGAGGACAUUUUCCGGGACAGAACGAUGAUCCUUCGGUGAAGCCGAUUCUGGACAACGAGCACAGAAAAUUUUUCGCGUUGCUAUUUGCUUCCAGGCACGAACCCUUGCCCACUCCCGAAGAACAGCGCGACCGACGUAGAAAUGAUUUAACAUUCGAGACGACCUACAUGGACCAAUUUGGCGCGCUAUCCUGUGCAAAAGUAUCGUACUCGUAUAAAUGCAAGUCGAAGUCCUGCAUUACAAAUCUUGUUUCCAAGGCGAAUCUCCAUUACGAACUCUAUUUUCUCAUGCUGAGGAAAUUUGUAAUGCAUUUAUACGAAUAUUACGAUACUUUUGCACAGGAUACGCGCCGGCUCUCCCAGCCGAAAUGUCCUUCGCGGGCUCCGUCGUGAGGGAGAACUCUAUCAAAUGUAAAAAUGUCUGGGUCUGGAAGAAUCCGAAUUUGUCAUGCUAUCUUUGGACUCUAGAAAAAUCUGUAUUGCAUGACCAGCAAGAGGAGUCUAGUUUGUGCUACGCGGGGAGGGCGUUUGUCAUGCGGAGUAGGCAUCAGGAAGCCCUCUCAAAAUCUGUGACGCGCGGUCGUGCAUUACAGACGUCCUGGGUCAUGCAAAACAUGCAUGACAAAUCUCAGAAUCUUCCAGACCCAGACAUUUUUACAUUUGAUAAACUCAAUCCGUCAGCGAUUCACACAUCAGUAUGCGAAAAAAGGGUAUGGAUUGCAAAAAUGUCUGGGUCUGGAAGAUUGUAACUUGUAAUGCUGUCUUUGGAUUCCAAAAAAAUCUGUAUUGCAUGACCAGCAACAGGACUCCAGUUUGUGUUACGUGGAGAGGGCAUUUCUCAUGCGGAAUAGGCAUUAGGAAGCGCUCUAAAAAUCUGUGUUGCUAGAUUAUGUAUUAGAGGCAUCAAUCAUCAUACAAAAUAUGCAUGACAAGUCUGCAUUUUUCCAGACCCAGACAUUUUUGCAUUUGAUAAAGGGCAGCAGGGGACAACCGCGAGGUACUUGGAAGAAGUUGAGAGGGACAGUAUCAUCUGUAAAAACGUCCCCACACCAGAGUCAAGAUGGGAAAUCUGCUAGACAAAUCAGCCAGCUUUGGUCAUUUGGCAUGACAAGUUUCUCCUCGUAGUGUAAUCCUCGAUUUAGGUAGUUCAGCAGCAUCACAGAUCUAGUAUAUCAUGCAGAUUAUAGCAUCACAAUUCCAAAACACGACUAGAACAUGUCUCUCAUGACGCUCCGCAUGACAAACUUUUUUGGCAUGCAGAUUUGCAUGACAACUCUGGUGUGGGGACGUUUUUACUCAGGAUAGACAGACAGGCGCGGAACGAGACUUUUUUUCGCCCCGAUACUCGCACAGACCCACGCCUCGCCGGGUUCUCCAGCACCCGCGAGUGGAUCAUGGAGCAGGUGUUGCUGGGUAGCACAGGUAGUACAAGUUUUCCCAGAGGAGCGCCAGCAACAACAAGAAACGAAGGGACUUUAUUGGACAACAUCAAGGACCUCGGCCAGCUCCUGGCCGAGUGGCAGAAAAACAUCAACGAAGCCGCUUUUCUCUGGGUGCUGAAGCUCGAGUUUGUCAAACAGGAACUUUUGAAGCGGAUACUGAUUUUGGAAACAGAAUUCCUCGCCCGCCGGGAACCCUACGUGGACGAGCAUCUGGCCAAGUGGAUCGAAGAGCGUGAAGAAGCGGGAAUAAGAAGCUAUCCCAGGCGGGACUAUCUGCCCGCCGUCGUGAACGUGAACGGCGCUUUUGCUAUUGACGAGGAGCGAACACGCGCGGAGAAGGCUCGUCUAAUACAGGAGAUGAUCCAGGAAGAAACCCGGAUCGUGACGGGGAAAAUAUUGGAGUUGCAGAACCAGUGGACAAACACACAGCUGACGGAAGAAGAACGAGCGAAGCUGGUGCGAGUGCGGAAGGAGUUGAAGUACUUGCAGGAGUUUUUCCAGCCCGAUCGUAAUGAAGCCGGACAAGAAUUGCGGACAGGGGACGAUCGACGGCGAGACAGCAACCGCCCGUCCUGGGAGCCCAUGACCGUAUUUUUUCCCUGGCCGGACAAAAACUUCAAGGAAAAAGUGCGGCGAACGAGUUUGAUGACGCGCCUGGAUAGUAGAAAUUAUACUACAAACGCUGACACAGACACCAGAGAACAACACCAACAGCAACAGCACCAGGCAAGUUCUGAAGACAACAGGAUUUUUAGGCAAUCCUUUUUGCAAGCGCUGCAGCGGAAGUUCCAACACGUGCUCGCAGAGGCGAGCCGCCGGUUAAAGUCGGAACUGGACGAGGCAAUUCGACCAGUUGUUCCGCCCAACAGCGCUGACAACAACUCCCCGCCGGUCCAGGUGCAGAACUUGCUGGUCUCCCAAGCCCUCCCGCGCAACAUUGUGGGGCGGGCCGGCUUGCGGCUGACUGUGCCGCUGAUGAAGGAGAGGUUUUUUAAGGAGAUCAUUCUUGAAAAUGACAUGCCGGAAGUUCAUCUGGGUGGAGGUUUUGUACCGCCGUCUUCGUCGACGGCUUCGGGCGGUGGACGUGCAGGUUUGAACCCUAGUACAACCGCUUCCUCGUCCAGUACUUCUAGCCAGCAGCAGCACAGCAUUUACAGAACUACUGGUGCUGCACCUGCUCCUGCUGGACCACAACCACAAGUUGCUGGAAGUAGCAGCGGCCGCGGCGGCGUGACUUAUCUCGGGCCUGCUCUCGAAGUUCAUGUCCAAACAGAACCAGUACAAUCCUCCGCCGGUGCAGCAGAGCGACAGGUUGCUGGUACUUCUCGGGCGCGCGAAGUAGAACCUCGAGCAGCGCAAGAACCACAGGCUGCAGCUCCUGCCGCACAAUUAGCAUCGGCACCGGCACGACCCCAGCGCCGUGGAAUUGUGAAUCGGCGCCUUAGUGAGUUCGCGACACAAGGCGGAGGACAGCAGCGGUAGGCGACUGCAUUGAUGAAUUUCUCUCGAAAUCAACAUUUACCAAACAAACAAGCAAGCUGAUCCAGAAUGAAAAAUUAAAGAGUCUGUAGUAUCUGUGCACAAUUAAAUCAAGAUUUUCUUUAAAAAGUUUGAAGAUCCGCAAGAACUGGGUUUUAUUCUUGGCAUAGUGUUGUUGAGUUGUGGAGUAAGAUGGAUUUUUUGCUUUGCGGGCCGUGCUUUUUCAGGAUAAGCAUUUUUAUUGCAUCAAUCGAAGCUGCAAGCCGUCGAAAAUCAGAAUUUGGCACUGACUAGUACUAGAGCGAGACCACGCUUAUAACUGUUUAUUAACGCAUCUCCUCAACUAAUCACGUUUUUCUCGCUGUAGCAGCCUAUCUCUACUAGUCUUUUACUUUUCCAUAUUGUCACACAAGAUCAAGAAUCUCGUGUAGGCAUUCAGUUUGUGCAGGCAGGUAGAAAAAUAGCGCUGCAGAAAUUUCUGCACUUUUCUGUGGGCAGCUAUCUAUCAGGGUGUGUGUAAAAAAAUCCCUGCUGCACGACGAAGUAGGUUGUACUACUGGAUGAAAAAAAAAAGCGGUCCACCACAGGAGCACGUGAUGUUGGGAGCAUUAUAAGAGCGUUUACUUCUCUUCGUGCGCUUUUGCAUGCAGAAUGAACCAACAUGAUCUGCUCUGUAGCAUCAAUGCACUGUCGCUUGAAAAGUUAUGAGGGAACAAAAAUCGAACAACAACAAUGAGAAACCAAACCAAAUCCAGAACCUACAACAGCUUUCUAUCGCUAGGAAUCGAAGGACGGGAGCGUAUAAGUACUUAAUCAAAAUUAACAUUAAGUAGACAGAGUUAACAGUGAAAAGCCGCAAAU